AUGGGCAUGUGGAGCUGUGAUAUCGAGGAUUGCGACAAGUCGUCUGUUCGCACAGAUGGAGAAUGCAUACUUUGCUGUCGUCAUCUUUGCGCUGAACAUUUGAAGCCUGAGUAUCAUACAUGUCCGCCGUGGGAGGAUGAAAAAAACUACGAUCCUGCAGCUAAUCGAGCGGAGCAAGAAGAGAUCAAUAAACUUCUUGCUAAAAUCAAUAUCACGGCACUCACAGAUCGAGCCAGCUAUUUACGCCGGGGCGUCCGCUGUUCUAUAUCGCAGAAUCUUCAAUAUGACCUGUCGACACGGAACUCAGUUAUGGGUGGUAUGAAUUAUCAUAUUGAGAUUUCCUUUAAAGACGGGGUUUGCUGGUUGGCGCGCGUUCGGAGAUUCAAUGUUACUUCACCCCCUCUGGAACUGCAAAACUACAUCAUGCGCAGUGAGAUUGCCACACUCGAGUUUUUGGAAGAAACAAAGGUUCCUGCCCCAAAGGUCUUUGAUUUCAGCUUGGAUGAGGCGAACCCUGUUGGUGUUCGGUACAUCCUCAUAGAAAAAUUGCCUGGGAGAUCUCUGUCCUGGUCUGUUGCUACCCGAGAGCAACGCUUGAAGGUGAUUGAUCAGCUUGCUGAUAUCUAUAUCGAGCUGCAUGCCCAUCCUUUUCCCAUGAUGGGCUCGUUGGACAAAAUUGAUUCUAAACUUUUCAUUAGGCCGUUUGCAAGAGAGUCCAUGGCCGACUUCGGAGAAACUGGAUUGAAACUGCUUGGACCAUUUUUAUCUUCAGAACAGCAUUAUAAUGCACACCUCGAUUUGAUUUUGGACUUGAUUAUGCGGCAAGAAGCUUAUGCAAAUCGUCCAAUAGACGCCUUUUUGAUACACCGUUAUCUUCAGGAAAACAUUCUGAAAAUCCUCCCAUCUGCAAGCCUGGAUGACGCGUUCUAUUUAAAGCAUGCAAAUGAGAAAGGAGAUCAAAUUUUGGUGGACGACCAGUUUCGAAUUACGGUUGCUGAGUUCUACAAUGGGAAUAAUGGCCUUGGUGAUGAAGAAAUGACUUUUUCCCACUUGCUGGGAAAAAAAGGGCAUACCGACCUUGGAGACAUAGUCAGAAAAGGGCGGCUUCUUCACCGUCUGCAAUUUUGCUGCGGUUAUGACCUUCCUGACUGGGAUGGAUACAAGGACAUCUUCAUAGGCCUUGUCAAGGCCUUACACAAAGACGACUCGAACAACCUGGAUUAUGAAACUUGGAAGGCAGAGGCCACCCAGCGGUACAGUGCUGAUCGUCAGCUCAAAAAGCUUGCCAUUUUGUAUGGGUAA